AAAGAAAAUAAAAAAAAGGGCAGGCACAAAAAGGGUACAAAAAUAGAAUCAAAUCCCUACCUAAGGUCGUCUCUCGCAGUCGCAGCACUCUUUUCGGAUACCGUAUUCCUCUUCAUCGAUCUUUCCCUUUCCCCGGUAGAAACGUCCAAGCACCGCCAUUCUUUCUAUUUAUAUUUGUACAAACAUACGUGUAAAUUUACGUCUGCACAUAAAAAUUUUCAUGCCACGAUAACUUAAACGGAACAAAUCUAGUAAAACCCUCCCGCAAAAAACAAUGUACGGAGGCUCCUCGAAACUUGGCCGCGGUGGAGGCGGCGGACGUGGGGGCAGAGGCACUCAAAAUCGUUCUUCAUUCCCUCCGCCGCCGCCACACCGCCCUUCUUCCGCCACCCAAUCAGGCAGGCUUUCCCUAGGCUCCGCCCCUCGUAACCGCCCCGGUAUUGGGAGCGGUUCAGGACCCGCACCGUCUGUCGAAGAGAGCUUUUCGCUUGUUUCUGGUAACAAUCCGUUGGCUUUCGCGAUGAUUAUAAGGUUGGCGCCAGAUUUGGUGGAGGAGAUCAGGCGGCUCGAAGCUCAAGGAGAGACUGCCAGGAUUAAAUUUGAUUCAAUUCCGACUCACCCUACUGGGAAUGUAAUUGAUGUUGGUGGUAAGGAGUUUAGGUUUACGUGGUCACGGGAAUUUGGUGACCUGUGUGAUAUAUAUGAAGAACGUCAAAUGGGUGAAGAUGGAAAUGGUUUGCUUGUUGAAUCUGGGUGUGCAUGGCGCAAAUUGAAUGUUCAACGUGUCUUGGAUGAAUCAACCACGAAUCAAGUUAAGAUGCGGUCAGAGGAAGCUGAACGCAUGCAUAAAUCACGCAAAUCCAUUAUAUUAGACCAUGGAAACCCAUCUAUGAAGAAUCAAAUCAAGCAAUUAGUUGCUGCUGAGGCUAGUCCUUGGAAGUCCCAUUUUAAAAAGAAGGAGAUUGCUUUUAAGAAGCAAAAAGUUGACACCCCUCAAGCUGCAGGCCCUACAAAAUCUGGCUUUAAAUCUGGAUUAAUUUCAGCUGCUACUGCAAAGGGAAGACGCUCAUCUUCACCUUUACCAUCUCCACCCGAGUGCUCUGGUGCUGCAGCUUCCCCAAUUGGAAUUGGAAAUACCGCCAAGACUCAUACAAGCAGUGAGGAUGUUAUUCCUCUGCAGGUGAAAAGCAAAGAAAAUAUUUCCAUCUCUGAGAAAGAAAUACUAACCAGGGCUACUAGUGUAGUACGUGAGAUGCAAGAGCGCAGGGGAAAUUUUGGACCUAAGCCAACAAACUUGCAGAGUCUUCUGAUCAGUUUACUGAAGGAGAACCCCAAGGGGAUGAGCUUAAAGGCCUUGGAGAAAGCUGUCGGUGAUACAAUACCAAACUCUGCACGGAAUAUAGAGCCCAUUUUAAAAAAAAUUGCAACUUUCCACGCUCCAGGAAGAUAUUUCUUGAAACCAGGAGUGGAGUUGGAAAGCUCGAAGAAAUCUUCAUCUGAAAGUCGAAGUUCACCUGAAGAUAAUCGUCAUGAGGCUCCAGCCCCUGAAGAAAACCAAGACCAGAUACCGGCUCGAGCAUCAUUAUCAAUGGAGAAUGUUACUCAUGAUGAGAUGGAGGAACAGACCCAUUUAGACCCUAAACUUACAGUAGAAUCAAAAGUGUUGGAACAGAUUGACAUCCAACAACAUUCACCUAAGUUGGAUGGUGAGAGAAAAGCUUCUGAAAAUAGCGGGGGGCCAGCAAAUAGUGCUAGUAACAGUGGCAGUGAUAGUGAGAGUGACAGUGACAGCAGUGAUAGUGGAAGUGACAAUGGAAGCCACAGCAGGAGUGCAAGCCCGGCAGCAAGUGGGAGCGGUAGCAGCAGUGAUAGUGAAAGUGAUGCUUCUUCCAACAGCAAGGAAGGGUCUGAUGAGGAUGUAGAUAUAAUGACAAGCGAUGAUGACAAAGAGACAAAGCAGGAUAAACCGACAUCUGAACCAGGACUUUUGACUUCACCUGUACCAUGGCAAGCAGAACAUGACACAUCUCUGCAGAACGUAAUGGUUGAAAAUCAAGAUGAUGAUGGAUCUGAUGCAGUCGAUAUUGAAGGUAAUGUAUCUGAUGCUGUUGAUUUCGAGGGUCAUGGAUCGGAUGCUGUUGACAUUGAAAAAGACUUGCCUGAAGAUGACCAGGAAACUGGAAUGGCUGCCAACACAAACAAAGAUUGUGAGAAACAUCAGGAAGGAACAAAACCCUCUUCAUCUGAUCAUGAUGAAUUCCAGGAGCGCCAAAAUUUCAUAGGAAAUUUGUUUGAUGACACAGAAAACACCAUUAAGAGUAACACCAGGAAUGAAAAAUCUGAUUACUCUGUGAAGAGCAAAGGUAAAUCUAAAAGGGGAUCCGAUUUGAAGGACAUUGAUGGGAAACCUGAGCGAUCUAAAAGAUUGAAGUCUGAAAGCAUGUCUCAACCACCUGUUUCUGGGAGUGGAGAUGCGGAGUUCUUUGGCAGUAGUAGACCCAUUGAUGAGCCUUACCAAAGCUCAAAUAAAAGUGACAAGGAACAUGCCGACUCUCAAAAGGGAUACAACCAGGUGUUUCCCAGGAAAUCUGGUACUGAUUUUCAUCAAUCAGGUCGUAAGUCGUCUGAUCCAGGUGUUCGGACUAAAGCUGUUAAUACAGCUGAAAGGCCUUUGAAACAUGCUGAGAGCUCAGAACAUGGUAGUAAGUUCACCGAGAAAAAUGUGCCUAAAAAAGAUAACCCUUCUAGGGACACCCAAAAUGAGGAUGAUUUAAUGAAGGAAAAAAAUCCACUGACAAAUCCUAAAGGUGACACUGGAGAUAAAAAUGUGGUACCUUCUGAUUUCCAUCACAGGAAACAUGGUGAAACUGUUGGAAAGUCCAAUGAUGCUGGACAAAUUUCUGGCUCGUAUAUUAAUUCUUCCCCCAAGGAUAACAGCAGGGUUAGUGAAGAUAGAUAUACAGCUAAUGGUAAAAGCAACAUUCUCCAACGAGAGCUUUCGCACUUGGAGUUAGGUGAGAUUCGUGAGCCAGUGAUUGAGGAAACACCUACAAAGAAGCAAUUUGAGAGGAAAGGUUCCUUUAAACAGUCAGUUAGUAGACCGAGCACCUCAGAUAACUCUAAUCCUGAUCUAAGCAGGGGAAAACCUAUUGGGAAGACAAAUUGGAAUUCAGGAAAAACAUGUUCACCUAAUCUAAGUGGGCUUAAAAGAACACCAGAACAUCUUGUUGAUGAUUUAUCUAGAUCGCAUCAUAGGGUUAUUCAGUCUCAGCAGCAGCAGCUCUCAAGAUUUGACCGUCCAGAAGUUCCGUCCCAGUUUAACAAAUUGGCUGAUAAUAGUAAAACCAAGCAAACAGACACUGGUGCAAAACUGGGAGUUGGCCUGGAGGAUUAUGGUGAAAGCCAAAAGAAAGCACCAGCUUGUGCCCCACAACAGCAGGAAUCUAAGCGAGAAUCAGUGUCCCAGUUCAUAAAGGGAAGUAAAAUGCCAAAAUCAAAUAAAAUGGCGGAUAUGACUGAUACCUGCAAGGAUGCAGUUCAGAAAGAGGGAAAUGUAAAUGAUCAAAAUAAAAGAGGAUCUUCUUCAGAUAAAGACUAUUUGCCUUAUUUUAAGUAUGAAAAAGAUGAACCAGUGCGCAGAGGACCCAUUAAGGAUUCAUCUCAGUAUGAAGAGUAUGUGAAUGAAUUUUGUGAAAAAUAUGAAUCUUACAAGGACUUGGACAAGGUCCUACAUACAUACGGGUAUGAAUUUGAAAAGCUGGGUAAGGAUCUCGAAUAUUGGAAAGGUAGGGACAAGGAAAAAUACUACAAGACGUUGGACCAAUUGAUGAAGUCUUAUCACCAAUGUGGAAUGAGACAUAAAAGACUGAAGAAAAUAUUUGUUGUGCUUCAUCAAGAACUGAAGAACCUUAAGCAGAGGCUCGUAGAGUACGCCGAGUCGCACUCAACAGAUUGAUUGUGAAUUAUUCCAAACCUUUUUCCAUUACCAAGCUGCAAUCGGCAUAGAUCAUUCCCCAUUGCCUUUCAGAAAGACAUUCACACAAACAGUGAUGUGUUUCGUUGCCUCUUUAAGAAUGGAGCUCUUGUAAAUGGUUAUAGUUGGUCGUUCAAGGUGAUUGGAAUACAUCGCAUUUGGGUCCCAUGGUCCUUGAAGGAUUGAAAGUGAUUCGCAAAUAGGCUGAACCCGAAUUUGGUGUGUAAAAUGUGUAGAAUUUUGGCUUUUGGGCACCAAUUUUGUUCUAGAGCUUUUUGACAGCUUUGUUUGAUCUUGCUUGCUACCAACAAUUUGUUUCAAUGUGUAUACAAAUUGUUGA